GGGUCCCAGAAAAGUCCAGUGGCCUAUAAAAGUUCUGUUGAAGGAACUUUAAAUCAUUUCUACUCUAAUCAGUCUAACGAACAGAUCAGUCAUGAAAUUCUACGUGGCAGCUAUUCUUGCUAUUGCUUUUUUGGAGAACUUCAAGGUACAUAUUAUCAGAGAAACUGUUGGAUCUCAAACAAUGGCACUGAGCUCCUGUGUAGACUUGCGUCCAACCGAAAUAAACAUCAGAAGAAUUUCUGGUUAUGAAAAACAAAACAGGCCUAUAAAAGCUGUCAUAUUCAUCACCAAAACUGGUGUCAAGGUCUGUGUGCCACACAAUCUUCCAUGGGUCAAGAGAACGAUCAACAAGCUGGAUCAAAAGAAGGCCAGAAAGCAAACAAGACCUACAGUCACCCCCAGGGCCAGCUAACCUGCAACAGAUCAACUCAUCAGCAGUUCGAAAAUUGUUGACUGGAAAUAAAGUUUCUGAACAAAUGUCCAGUUUUGCUGGAAUCUAUAUGUCUAUUAAGACAGAGCUAAGUGAAAAAUGGAUAUUUAAUGCUGCUUUUCGUUUUUAUUAAUUUAGCUUUAAAAAUUUAUAUUUAUCACAAGAAGCCAGAUUUAUUUCAAUGUCUUCUGUUGUAAAUGUUAUAAACCAGCAGCUGUAGAAGUCCAUUCUGACUUAUGGCCACUCUUUCCGGGGGUUUUCCAGGUAGAAAAUACUCAGAAGUGGUUUACCAUUCCCUCCUUCAAGGGCUGCCCUGCGAUUGUGCAGCUUGCCCAAGACUAUUCACCCUGGCUGCUCACCCUGGAGGAACAGUGAGGAAUGGGACUCCUAACGUCUGGCCCUGCAAUCAGAUGCUUAAACCACUGAGCUAUUCAGUCAGCACAAGUGUUAUGAGAAUACUGGGAAAUCUUUAUUAAACAUUUUCCUUUUCACUUUUUUCUGAUCUCAUAUUUCUGACUGGUGACAUCCUACAAACAGACAGAUAUACUGUGUUCUGUGAUUGUGCAGAAUGUAGAUGAAGAGUUCUCAAAGUAGUUCUCAAAGUAGAAAUGUAAGCAUGACAUUAAUCUUGAGUUUCAGGUACUAUCAUAAGUAACCUGAGAAACCAGGAACAAGACAGGAUGAAAUAACCUUCUCCUAAUGUGUACCUGUACUUAAACAAAACAGUCAAAUCUACAAUAUAUCCCACAUAGCUGUGUGCCUAUGUAAUUGUCAUGUACCUGCUAUAGAGGUAUAGAUCUCCUUAUUAAAGGAUUACCUACAUCAUCAUGAUAAA